AUGAAACAUAGCAGCACUUUCAUUAAUGGAAAGUGUUUCUUUAUAUUUCUGUGCGGAAUUCUAUUUCUAACAAAGCUCAGUUUUUCCAUUGGUGAGCUUGAGGUAGCAUGCCGAGAUGUUGAGAGGAAAGCGCUUGACAAGUUCAAGCGAGGCCUAGCAGAUCCCUCUGGUAGGCUUUCAUCAUGGGUGGGAGAUGAUUGUUGUAGAUGGGAAGGAGUAAGCUGCAACAACAGAACCGGACACGUGGUCGAGCUCAAUCUUCGCAGCCCCUCCUCAAACAGUUUGGAUGGUGAUGGAACAGCACAAACUUUGAGCGGUAAGAUUGAUCCAUCCUUGAUUGUUCUGAAAGAUCUAAAUUACUUAGACUUGAGCAAGAUUGAUUUUGGAGGUUCCCAAAUUCCCUCUUUCAUUGGAUCAUUACAAAGCUUGAGAUAUCUCAAUCUUUCUGGUGCAUCUUUUGGUGGAACUAUUCCACCAAGUCUUGGGAACCUAUCAAGAUUGGUAUAUCUUGAUCUCAAUAAAGUUGACCAAUUUGAGUUAACCAAAAGUAGCCUGUACUGGCUUUCUGGUCUGUCUUCUUUAAAAUACCUUCAUUUAAGAGGUUGGGACUUGUCCAUGUCUGCAACAGAUUGGCUACAAACCGUUAACAGACUUCCAACACUCCUGGAAUUGCACUUACCCUUUUGUCAACUUUCCAACCUUCCUUUAACCCUUCCUUCUCUUAAUUUCACCUCUCUUAUGGUGCUUGAUCUCUCAAACAAUGGAUUCAACUCCACAAUACCAAACUGGUUGUUCAAUCUCAAAAGCCUGGUUCAUCUUGACCUUAACUCCAACAACUUAUAUGGGCCACUUCCAGAUAAAAUUGCUUAUUUAGGGUCACUUCAAAAGCUUGACCUGUCAUUGAAUACCAUUGAGGGUCAGUUGUCAAAAAACUUGGGUAAAUUAUGCAAUUUGCGGAGUCUGGAGCUUUCACAAAAUAGAAUUACAGGUGAAAUAACUAAUGUUUUGGAUAGCUUAUCGUGAUGCUCCAGAAGCAGCUUAAAGACUUUGAAUUUGGGGUACAAUGAGCUGACAGGAAAUCUAUCUAACUCUUUAGGAUAUUUAGAGAGUUUAACGUACCUUCAAAUGUUAGAUAACCUAUGUCAAGGCUCACUCCCAAACUCAAUUGGAAACUUGACGUCUUUGGAAGAAAUUUCACUAUCCAGUAAUAUACUGAGUGGUAUCCCAAAGAGUCUUGGACAGCUCUCAAAGCUGACUGUGCUAGACAUCUCAGAGAACAUAUGGGAAGGUGUCAUAACCGAAACUCAUCUCGCUAAUCUUUCAAGCUUGACAGAGCUAACAAUGGAUAAAGUAUCCCCAAAUAUUUCUUUGGUCUUCAAAAUUAACUUUGAUUGGAUACCUCCUUUUAAACUCACGUACCUCCUCAUAAGAUCAUGCCAAUUGGGUCCCAAAUUUCCUACCUGGCUUAAAAAUCAAAGUGAGCUGACCUUUGUAAUACUCAACAAUGCUAUGAUUUCAGACACCAUACCAAACUGGUUUUUGAAUUUGGAUUUGCGGCUCGGCAGACUGGAAAUGGCUUAUAAUCAACUAAGCAGCAGGGUGCCAAACUCAUUCAGAUUCAACAAGGAAAGCAUUGUCGACCUGAGUACAAAUAGAUUUCAGGGUCCUCUUCCAAUUUGGUCAUCAAACAUUACCAUCUUUUCUCUAAGGGACAAUCUGUUUUCUAGGCCAAUUCCCCCUAACAUUGGUGAAGCAAUGCCUUUGCUAUCAGAUUUAGAUAUCUCUGAAAACAUUUUGAGUGGAAGCAUUCCCUUGUCCAUUGGAAAUCUAACGGGAUUGACAACCUUAAUUAUUUCCAACAAUAAACUAUCAGGUCAGAUUCCUCAUUUGUGGGAAGAUAAACAAUUCUUGUAUAUAGUGGACAUGUCAAAUAACAGUCUUUCAGGAACAAUCCCAACAACAAUGGGUUCUCUAAGUUCACUUGAAUUAUUGGUUCUCUCAAACAACAAACUUUCAGGUGAACUUCCUUCAUCUUUGCAAAACUGCGCUAACAUGGUUAAUUUGGAUCUUGGAGAUAACAGAUUUACAGGUAAGCUUCCAGCUUGGAUAGGAGAAAGUAUGCACAACUUGUUGAUCUUGAGUUCGCGGUCCAACUCCUUCAGUGGGAACAUUCCUCAUCAGUUUUGUGGGCUUUACAAACUUCACAUAAUGGACCUGUCUCACAAUCAUCUCACCGGUCACAUUCCACAUUACAUUGGCAAUCUCAGUGGCUUGAAAUCUGAAGGCAUAGACGAAAUCACAUACCAAGGAAAAUUGAAGGUGGUGGCGAAAGGAAGAGCUCUGUUAUAUGAUUCCACCUUAUACCUCUUUAAUAGCAUUGACCUAUCAAACAAUAACUUAUCGGGAGGUAUACCAAUGGAACUAACAAAACUCAUAAAACUUGGUACUUUAAAUUUGUCCAUGAAUCAUUUGACAGGACAAAUCCCAUCUAGCGUUGGGAAUUUAGAGUGGAUUGAAACUCUUGAUAUCUUCAUGAACCAUAUUUCUGGUCCAAUCCCACUUUCAAUGACUUCUUUAACAUUUCUGAACCAUCUCAAUCUCUCGUACAAUAACUUGUCCGGAAAAAUCCCAACCACCAAUCAGUUUCUGACCUUUGAUGAUCCAUCAAUCUACGAAGGAAAUGUCGGUCUCUUUGGAAGACCUUUGUUAACUGAAUGUCCUAAUCACAGUGGCCAAAGCAAACCAGGAGGUGAUGAAGAAGACGGAGAUGGAGAUGGAGAUGGUGGAGAUAAAUUUGAGAAACUGGGCUUAAUUAUCAACAUUGUGAUUGGGUUUUUUGUGGGAUUUUGGGGAGUUUGUGGAACUUUGAUCAUCAAGAGGCUUGGAGAAUUGCGUAUUUCCGCUUUGCUGAAAGAGUGAAGAGCAUCUGCUUGUCAAUGUUUUGAAGAAUGUUUGUCGCAAAGAUACACCCUUGGAUGUUUUGAAAGCAAGCCCAUCAGAUUGCAUGUUUCAAAAUCGUUUCUCUUUGUCUCGUUUUUUGUUAUUUUCAUAGUGAAAUAAUUCUGUGUUAUACUAUUAAAUCUUUGAUUUCCUCUUUCUUUUUUAUUUAUUUAACAAUAUUAAUAAAAGUAUUCCCAGUAAACUAUAUUUUGAUAUUAUGUCCCAAAAUAUAUUGGUAAUUUAGCAAGUAAAUAUAUUUUGUUGUUGAUCAUAGAUUUGUACAAUAUUGGAAUAAGCUCCGACCAUUUUUUUUUUAAAAUACAUAAACAAAUUAUUGCCUAUAAAAUUAACGACAAAACAAAUCAUAAAUAUUAUUGGCAUAAGAAAUUAUCUGGCCAUAUAUUAACACCAAAAAAAAAAAAAGUUUAAUUCAGUAAGUGUAUAAAAUCCAAUAUUAAAUAGUAAUAGGACAAUUCAAUUAUUAAUUAACUAAGUUUCACCAGUUUAUUAGUCCACAUAUAGGAUUUAUAUUGAAAGAUCUCACCUAGGUUAUUAGCUCGCUAUAUAUCAAAUGUAAAUAACAAAUGCUAAUUGAACGAUUCAAUUAGUAAUCAUGUUUCACCACUUUAUUAGUCCACAUAGUAUUUAUUUUGUAAAUUUGCAACAUCUCACCUAGGUUAUUAGCUACAUUUUAGAUUUAGAGAACAUUUGUCGAUAGAAUUAAAGAAUAAACACAUGGCACAUAAUUAUCCUAAUUUAGUUAAAUCUCCACUGUUGCAGGCUUCAAAUUAAUUAAUCAUUUAUGUUCCUCCAAAAGAAUUAAAUAGUAUUACGUAUUAUUGACUGCAACUCACUCAGAUGAUCACUAAGUUUCAUGUAAAACAAAUCAACAACAAAACAGUGGAGAACAAAAACAGAAACAUGAAAUAUACAAAACAGAGCAUCAUAAAUUUAAUUGAUAUUAUUAUAAAACGGUUUUAAACAUUGCACCGAACAUAAGAUAUAUAUCUGAUUUGCAGGUUGGCUACCAUUACAAGCAUGGUGGGUCAAACAACUAGUUCUCCUUCCAAUAUUCAACUUCUCUGGCUUCUAAGUCUUUGUGGAAUAAUAAUUGCAUCCUUUAAUGGACGCUGUUUCGGCGAUGGUGAUCGUGGUAUGGAUUGCAUAGAUGAGGAGUGGAAAAUUCUUCUCCACUUCACAGACUGCCUAACAGAUCCUUCAGGAAGACUCUCAUUUUGGGUGGGCCUUGAUUUCUACGAAUGGGAAGGAGUAUACUGCUAACCAGACAUGUGAUGAAGCUCAAUCUUCACAACCCAUCCUCAUCUACUUUCUAUGUGAAAGACUUCCCAUGGAACUGUAAGAUCAACCCCUUUGCUUGUUUUGAAAUAUUUAAAGUACUUGGGACUUGAGCAUGAAUUAUUUUGGUUAUGGUCACCCAAUUCCUUCUUUCAUUGGAUCAUUACGGAAACUAAGGUAUCUCAAUCUUUUUGGAUAUUUUUACUUUAGGAGCUGUUCCACAAAGUUUUGCAAAUGUCUCAAGAUUGACUUAUAUGGAUCUAAAUAUAGUUUGUAAUUACAUCUUCAUUAACAAAUACAGAAGUAUCCUGCAAUGGCUUUCUGGUCUUUUAUCUUUCAAGUAUCUUAACUUAGGAGGCUGGAAUUUGGGCUAGGCUGCAUCAUACUAGCUUCAAACUGUUAGUAAGCUUCCAUCACUCUUGGAAUU